AUGGCCCCGCACACCUUCUUGUUCACGUCUGAGUCCGUGUCCGAGGGACAUCCGGACAAAAUGUGCGAUCAGAUUUCCGAUGCCGUCCUUGAUGCCCAUCUCGCUCAAGACCCACAUGCCAAGGUUGCUUGUGAAACGGUAACUAAAACGGGUAUGAUCAUGUUGUGCGGCGAGAUCACAUCGAAAGCUGUCGUUGAUUAUCAAGUACUCGUUCGCAACGUUGUCAAGAAAAUCGGAUACGACGACUCUUCAAAAGGAUUUGAUUACAAAACCUGCAAUGUCCUUGUUGCUUUGGAGCAACAAUCUCCAGAAAUUGCCGCUGGAGUUCACGUCGAUAAGGACAGUGAUGAUGUUGGUGCUGGAGAUCAAGGAAUCAUGUUUGGAUACGCCACCGACGAAACCGAAGAGGCUAUGCCAUUGACUCUUCUUCUCUCGCACAAACUCAACCAUAAGCUUCAUGAGCUUCGCCGCAACGGACAACUCGGAUGGGUCAGACCGGAUUCGAAGUCGCAGGUCACUAUUGAAUAUUCGUCUGAAGGAGGAGCCUGUGUUCCAGUUCGUGUUCACACCGUUGUUAUUUCAACCCAGCAUAGUCCUGAUAUCACUCUUGAAGAUUUGAGAAAGGAACUUUUGGAGAAGGUUAUCAAGGUUGUUAUCCCAGCAAACUUGAUGGAUGAGAACACUGUUUUCCACUUGAACCCAUGCGGAUCAUUCAUCGUUGGAGGUCCAAUGGGAGAUGCUGGACUUACUGGACGUAAGAUCAUUGUUGACACCUAUGGAGGAUGGGGAGCUCAUGGAGGUGGUGCCUUCUCCGGAAAGGACCCAACCAAGGUCGAUCGCUCUGCUGCUUAUGCCGCUCGCUGGGUUGCCAAGUCUCUUGUAAAGGCCGGCCUUUGCCGUCGUUGCCUUGUCCAGGUGUCGUACGCCAUCGGAGUGGCCAAACCACUUUCCGUCAUGGUCUUCUCUUUCGGAACAUCUCCUCUCUCUGAGGCGGAACUUCUCCAGAUUGUCAAUGAAAACUUCGAUCUUCGCCCAGGAAAGAUUAUUUCCGAGCUUGACUUGAAGAGACCAAUCUAUGAGCCAACUGCCGAAAACGGUCAUUUCGGACACAACGAAUUCCCAUGGGAGCAGCCAAGACAAUUGAAGGUGUCCCCUGAAUUAAAAGAAAAACUUGCAAAUGGAAAGGCCCGAGUAGAAGAUAUCGGAAUUGCCCACUAA